GGAGCCAUUUCAUCCAGGAGGAGAGAGACAGUCGCUUUGGCUCCUUGUGCCCAUCAGGAAGUAUCUGCCAAACAAAUUGUCGGGGGCAAGAGUUUCGUUUGUUUGUUCCGUUACCCCCUAACCUACCCCCAAGUUUGGUCGUACCUUGGUGUUUUCGGGUUCAAAUGAACUGACGGUGGACAGGAGCUCUGCGCUCAAUUUUUUUUAAACUUUUUUUUUCAAAUUUGUUAAAAAUUCCGGAUUGAAAAAUCGGUUUUGAUUAGUUGUGCAACGUGAGGAACAACAGGAGCGGCUGUCAUCAUCACAGUGCUCACAGAACGGAAAUAUUUCAAAAAAUAGGAGCCAACUGACUGUUGUCUGUUUCUCCAUUUCCCCCCUGAGAUCAGAGGGAAAAGAACAAAAACUUCCAAGCCACACACACUAACCGGCUCUUUAAAACAAAAGUUUGUGUGUGUGUGUGUCUGUCGUCUUAUAUAAUUCGUGAUCCAGUGUUUAGUCGUUUUAAUCCCUCAGCAGCAGUGGGUGAAUUGACUUGUUUUUUCUCUGGCGAUCGAUCCGAGUGAGAGUCCACGUCAACCAGUUGAAUUAUUCAAAGACCAGAAUGCACAGUAGCGGCAGCAACAGCACGAUGCUGAUGCCUGGCGGCCAACAGCAUCCAGCGGCGGAUGGCAAGCGAAGAAACCGCGGAGGAGCCAAUCACGAUCCAGGACUCUACGACCUGCCCAGUUUUUACAGUUCGGAUUACGUAGGAUCUGGACGGACGGAAAUUCCCAGCAUUGAAACGGGCGGCCAAAGUCGAGUCAGAGCCUCUACGCCGUUCCGGCCGUCUGCGGAUGACAAGGAAGAUUCCGGCGAAUCAUCAUUUGCCCGUCGAGAGUUUGCCGACGGCGACGCCGCUGGCGGAGGAGGAGCUGCUGGACUUUACCGCAACAAAUGCGUUUCUUUCUUGGCGCUAGUGGCCGGACUGGCGGCCUUUGGCUGCUCGUUGGCUUCGCUGGCCGGCACCACCAACUGGGUGGACACUUGGGAGCCCAUCGACCUGCCGCCCACGCAGGACUGGCCGCUCUUGUUCGGCACGGGUUACGGCAGUUUGAUGCCCAGUCGUUCAAAAGACGGGCAGAGCGGCAAAGCCACGGCCGGCGGAUCGAGCCCUGGUGGUGGUGGUGGUCAUUCCAAUGUCAAAUCGUCGUGGUCGGCCAGCACGUCCAGCACCAAAGUGGCGGCCAGCGGCUUCGCCAACGGGGCGGAUCCGACGGCCACCAAAUCCAAUUGGGAAUCGUCACUGCGUCCGUCGGCUCCUGGCGGUGGCCAUCAACACGUCGGCCCGUCGGCCGAGAACGUGACGACAACGAGUCCGUCUCUACCAGCUGCCGUUACGACGUCGACGACGGCCCGUCCGGCGACGUCCGACGCCGACGAAUUCGAUUACGACGACGACGACUAUUACGCCCAGGACGAAUCGUACCAGGCCGUCCAGGGAGGAGGAGGAAUGAAGGAGCCGGACGAUGCGGAGAUCGUCAUGUUGCGUCACGAAGAAGAGGAACAACAGCAGAAUCCGGAAGACGAACAAGAAGAUGAGCAGGAAGACAAACGAUCGUUGGUCGUCGUCUUUCACGUCGGACUCUUCCGGGCCUGCCCGGUUCUCAAGGGGGAAAUGCCCUCCAGCGUCGUUCUACCGAAUUUGCCGUGCGCUCCGCUCGAGUACAUCAACUGGCGGCCGUUGACUGGGCAAAGUUUCCGUCUGUGGAGAAACGUCGAGUACACGCCCGAUUUCCUCAACAAACUCAGGUACGCCACACCUUGUUUCGUGCUGGGCACCUUCAUCGGUCUGGUGGCCCUCAUCAUCGCCAUCGGCGGACGCUGCACCGGUCCCGAUCGGACCCUCGUCUGCAGUUCGCUGCACAUUCUGGCCGGAUUGUCUCUGGGGAGCGGAUUGAUCAUUUUCGUUUCGGUCCUUCACGAAGAAUUUUCGCUGCCGUCGCUGCGAUCGUCGCGCCAUUCCGGUGGGUGGCCGCCGGCCUUGUCGCCGUCCAACCGUUUCUACAAUGGCGACAGCGCCGGAAUAGGCGGAGCUGGCCCCGGAAGCGCUUUCUACUCGGACAGCCGGAGCUUGCUGACGGCCACAACGGCGACUGGCGGGCAACAUUCAGUGGCUUCGUCGUCCGCUGCCGGCGGGAGCGGAUUGGUCUCGGCCGCCCUGAUCCCGUCCUUCCGCUACGGCUGGUCGUUUUACGCGGCCCUGGCCGCCUUUGUCAGCUCUGAACUGGCCGCCGCCGUCUACAUCAUUUUGCACACGCACAUCUUCAAAUGGGCCAGCCGGACCAGGUCGGCGGCCCAAGCGGCGGCCAAUUCUUCGGGCAAAUUGCUCCUGAUGGCCACCAACAGUCUGGCCAGCAGCACGACGGCGGCGUCCGUCUGCAAAGAGAUUGGCGUCCAAACGUCGCCGCUCUCAUCAGCCUCGCUCUUGAUGAUGAUGGACAAACGGUCCAGCGAAGUGUCGGCCAUCAGCCCCACGGCGUCGGCCAUCGCCGACGUCUCCCAUCACAGCCAACAAAUGCACGUGCCCUAUUGCGACUUGCUCACCAUGGAUCCUGGCCAUUCGACAGCACACGGAGAAUUCGAUCGAGAUCCUGAUGUACCGCCGUUCCUGGCGGCCGGAGCGGGCGGAAGACCCAGUCCGAUGUACAUCAACAACGCGGAAUCGGGACCCGGCAUCCAGCAGGAGAUGGACUGCACCUGUCAGAUUCACUACGCCACCUACAACCGACCGAAAAUGCGCAAUAGCAAUCACGUUGCCGGCAUUCACAGAGCGUCCACCAUGCCCCGCAAGGUGGCCUUCGAGGGGCUGGCCAACGUCUACCAACAGACGCCGUUGUGACAAAUCGACGACAAUUGACUCCCGAAUCUCUCCCUCCCGCCGAAUCGUCUUUUAACCUUUUGUGUGUGUAUAACAUGUGCUGUCCUCUCAAUAAAUGAACGGAAAAAAAAUAA